AUGGACAUAGUGACAGAUGUGGCGAUGGACCUCACGGAAACUCCGGAUGCGGUGAAUAGCAACAGCUUCAAGGAGCUGGAGAACAUGAUACUCGAGUGUGCCAAACUGGAUAGAGACAUUAACCACUUUGUAGAUAUUGUGCAGCAGGUCACUUCAAAUGUGACAUCACAGCAGCCAGAGACCAUGUUCUCCCUGUCUGAGAGUGUGAAAAGACAGUUUGAGAUGAACCUGUCCCAACUGUCAGACUCUGAUCUGCAAAAACAUCCACAAGUCAUUGCCUUCAAAGACAGCCUCAGCAACGGUCACGACCAAGCUGGACAAGCGUCAGGACGAAAUCUAGAAGAGCUUGAUGAAGACAUAGCUGUAACACAAAGUCAAACCAACUUCACCUGCCCUCUCACAACGGUUGAGAUGGUCAACCCUGUUAAGAAUAAGAAAUGUAACCACCACUACGACGAAAAGGCCAUUGUCACUCUCAUCCAAAACAAACAUUCUCAAAGAAAAAAAUGCAGAUGUCCUGUAGUGGGAUGUUCGAACUCGGAUGUGAAAGAGUCAGACCUGGUUCCAGACCAAGUGCUCAGAAGAAGGAUCCAGAUGCAAAAGAGAAACAGCACCAAGCCUUAG